AUGAUGAAGACAAUUUGCCUCUUCUACGACCAGUGCCUGAGGGUGAUGCAGGAAACUGCUGGCAGUGAACACCGAAUUGGCUGGGGCACCAUUUAUAACACUUUGAGGCCCACAAUCUCGAAAAUCACAAGUAUGAAGUUUCUCCCGCCGCUCAAGCCGGAGGAGGAGUGCAAGGUUUUCUUCAAGAGUCUGGAGAACGAAAUCGUUACAGCUCUCCGCAACUUAGCCGAUAAAUAA